UUUUUCAGACAAAUAGGGAGUGUGUCAAGAAUGUUAAGAUUAAAUAUAGGAUCAAAUAUUAUGACACUUUUAAACAAACCGAAUAGAUAUAGUUUUUGGUCUGCUUUUUUGUAAUAUCAUUUUCUUACCCCAACAAAUCAUCAAUAUGUUACUUACGUACAUUCAGCCUCAAAAUAACAGACAGUUCUAGUCUAAAUAUAUAUAUGAUGGUGCAAGAACGGAAUGCGAUAUAUGGUCGAAUUACAUUGCAGCAAUCGAAAAGAUGACUGACCGGCACUCGUUCAGUACCGCAUACCGCCAUCGCAUCCGACCGUGACCGCAUUUUUCUCGGCUUGCAUAACAUAUCGCGUGACUUACUAGGUUAGUAACGUGAGGGAACGGACAGCAGAGAAGGCGGUGUUGAUGAUGGUAGGAGGAGAUUGUGCGUCGUCUUCCGCGUUUCCCCGGAUUUCAACCACUGUCCUGAUUCCAUCGUGUCCUCUCCUUGCACGUUUUUACGCUCGGCCCACCCUCCCAAUUGAGUUAGUUGUAAAGAAAAAAAUUCAAUCAAUUACAGGCCUCGCCGUCCCCCCCCUCCGCCUUCACCUCUCCUCUUUCUCUCCCCCCCGUGCAAAUAACUACCACCGCCUUCGUUCUCCACAUGAAGCAUCGGAGUACUGGGCCCCGGCGUACCGGCUCCAGCCAUGUCGGCGAGGAAUACAGCGGCUGGCGGCGAUGACGGAGCGACGGGGGAAAAGCCAGGAGACACAUUAGAGGAAGAACCCCAGGGCCUCUCUGUCUCUCUGUCUGGUUUGAUGACCCCCACCUCAGCCACCGGCAUGGCCUCAGGCAUGGAGCUGCCCAGGAAACGGAAAGGCAGCAUGGACAACCCGGAAACUAAAUCUGCAUCAAAUCUAGAGGAGGAUAUGGAGGACGAUCAGGGAAGAUCGGAAGGAGACGACCAGCACUUAAAAAUUAAGUGUGUCAGGUCUGCGGGAUUGCAGGUGCAGGCUGAGCUCCCCGUCGGAGUGGCUCGGCUUUGCUCUGGAGCCCGGCGCUCAUUCUUCUGCCGAAUGAAGUACAACAAAGUUACCGUCAAAGAAGAGAAGGACUUCCAGGCUGGGGCUUCAAAAAAGAAAGAGUCACAGCGGUACUGCACUGUGCACUGCACGGGCUACAUGCGCACCUGGCCCACGCACCAGCUAGGCACGGAGGGGGAGGCCGAGACGGAUAAAGAGAGCUCCCACUUCAGCUGCCUGGUAGCAGUGGGCCGCGUGCACCCCCACACCCUCCCGCAGGCCAACGGAGAGAUAAAGGUCAAGCCCACUGAAUUUGUCACCCGCUACGCCAUGGAUGGCAAAUUCACCUUUGUGGAUCAACGGUAA